GAAAGUUUAGCAUACCACGACGUCUACCAAGAAGUCAUAUGCAAAUUUGCUGAGAUUUAUUGUACCAUACAGUCAAAAGAAUUGUCAAUAAAAACCACUUGCGGCGCUGAAAGUAGUGUGCUUUGCUCUUUGUUAGAUCAAACAUUGAAGGUAGCGUGCUUGAUCUUUGAGUUGCAUCAGCAAUGGGGGAAGAAAAGCAGAGAGAGCUUCGUGUGGUGAUGUUUCCAUGGCUUGCCCACGGUCACAUAACGCCCUUCGUUGAGCUUGCCAAAAGCCUGGCCACUCAUGGUCUUAAAAUCUUCUUCGUCUCAACCCCACUGAAUAUCAAACGAAUUGAACCUCAAAUAUGCGAUGCACCGGACAUAGAUCUGGUGGAGUUGGCGAUGCCCACCGUGAAAGGGCUGCCUCCAGGUGUAGAGUGCUCCGUCGAUGUUGUCAAGAGAGCAGAAGCGCCACUACUCGUACCUUUACUCAUCACUGCCAUGGACCUUUUGGAGAAGCCCUUCGCAAUGCUGUUGCAAAAGCUGUCACCAGAUUUUGUGAUAUACGACGUGAUGCAGCACUGGGUUCCUCGUGUGGCCAAUCCCAUUCCCACCAUAUUGUUUCUGACAAUGGGAACGGCCGGCUCCAGCUAUUGGGAAGGGGAGCUGGACAUGGCAUCGGGAAACCCAACUGCCGAGGAUCUUACCCUAUCGCCCGCAGGAUUCCCUUCACCCAAUAUUCACUUGACGUUGUUCGAGGCGCGGAGGGCCCAUUUUCAGAUAUAUGAGAAGCAUGCAGGUGACCUUAGCGUCAUCGAGCGUGCCAGCAUUUGCUUGCGGGAGAGUUGGGCGGUGGCAUGCAAUACGUGUUUGGAGUUGGAAGGAGUGUACGUGGAGUAUUUGCAGAGCCUGGUGAAACGGCCAGUCAUCCCUGUUGGGUUACUCAUGCGUGAACUCCCGCCACUCCCCAUUGUUGACAUUUGCUUGCAGUGGCUCGAUAGGCAGCCUGCUGCUUCGGUGGUGGUCUUGUCAUUUGGCAGCGAGUACAAUCUCACCCACAAAGAGCUCGCCCCAAUUGCAAUGGGUCUGCUGGAGACCAGUGUGUCGUUCAUCUGGGUUCUGCCUGCCGGAAUCGACUUGCUGCCAGGCUUCCAAGAUCAGAUCGGGGAAAAGGGAUUGGUGGUGACAAAGUGGGUUCCACAGUUACACAUUUUGAAUCAUCUUUCUACAGGUAUAUUUCUUACUCAUUGUGGGUGGAAUUCAAUGACAGAAGGUUUAAGGUUUGGAGUGCCACUCAUAACUCUUCCGAUGCAAUUUGAACAAGGGUUAAAUGCGAAGCUUGUACAAGAGCUUAAGGUGGGGUGAAAGUGAGAAGAAAUGAAGAGGAUGGAACUUUUACUAAGGAGGAUAUUAUUAAAGCAAUUAGAGUCUUAAUGAUAGAAGAAGAAGGUGCCCAAUUCAAAUCUAAUGUCACAAAGAUAAGUAGUAUGUUGAAUGGCAAUAAUUUUCGAGUUGGUAAAAGAAACUUGAUGAAUUUUGUUUCCAUCCUCAAAACAUUUAACAAAUAAUUAGGUUAAUAUGAUAGCUGUUGUUUCUCGGUA